UGGCAGAGAAGAACAUUAAGAAGUUAACCUGCGGAAGCAAAGUUGCUUGAGCUAUUUCCAACUACCCUUCUCCAUGGAAAUCUUAAGCUCCAAGUUCUUCUUCUUUUCAACUCUCUGUCUUCUCUGCGCAUUUACCAACGCCGCAGAUAUUCGCUAUUGCGAUAAGAAAGCUGACUACGAUGUUGAGGUCAGCGGGGUUGAGAUAUCUCCUGAUCCCAUUGCACGAGGCCAGCCUGCUACAUUCAGCAUUGCUGCAACUACAGGUAAAGCAUUGUUAGGAGGGAAGCUAGUGAUUGAUGUGUCGUAUUUCGGAUGGUACAUACAUAGUGAGACUCAUGACCUUUGUGGAGAAACCACUUGCCCUGUUUCCAUUGGUGAUUUCGUCAUUGCUCAUUCACAAGUUUUACCUGGAUUCACUCCACCUGGCUCAUACACUCUGAAGAUGAAGAUGAUCGAUGGAAAUAAGCAUGAGUUAACUUGCAUCACAUUUGGUUUUACUAUUGGGUUUGGUUCCUCUGUUGCAGAUAUCUAAUUGUUUAAGUCUAUGAUCAGGAACAAAUUUGUAUAAUUUGUACAAACUGCGAAGUAUUACCAUAUCCUUCUUCUAUAAUCCAGCAUGCUUAGAAAGUAAAAUGGGUUGAAGUUCUUUCAGGGAUUCGAAAACACAAUUUCCUUACAUGUGUGUGUCUUAUUGAUGAACAUCAUGUAAUGUUAUGUACAACAAUGUCCACAAAAAGGGCUAAAUUAUACCAUUGGUUCAUAUCUUUUAGCAAAGUCAA